CAUAUAACAGGAGGAGCUGUCCGUGGUGCUGACGCGAGAGACAUUCCGCGCACGAGCUCGGGGUGCAUCACAGUGACAAACAAACCGAGAGCGAUACGCGGCGCGCUCACGACUCUCUGUCAAAGCAGACCGAACGCAAAGGAAAAUCAUGCAGAUACCAUCUCUUUGCUGUGCUAUACACCUCCUCCCCUUUAUUCUCUCGCUCAUUCACGGAGUUCAAGGGGGCACAUUAAGGGAGCAUCGCUUAAGUGAACCUAGAUCGUAUGAACCUGUGUCCCAGCUCCGCCCUCCUCCAAGUGCUGAAAUGCUCAGAGCCCUACGCUACAUCCAAAGUCUCAGCCAAAGAACCCCAUACGAACUUCCAGUCGACGAUCAUCAGCCGACCACCACAGACCUCGAACCGGAUGACAUAGAGAGUGUGCGUUCAGUGCUACGUCAAACAGCUCCUGCCCGAGGAUCCACGGGGAUGGAUAGAGACGUGGAAGAGAGGGACAAUACUCAACAGUGGCUCCAAGCAGUGCUUACUACACUGCAACAGACCGAAGAGCAGAUAGUGCCCCAAAAAACACCCCAAAAGCCUCCUACCCAACCUCUCCCGAGACCAAAACAGCAACUGGCGAUGGAAACCUCUUGGGGUAAUCCAGGCAUCCGCAGGCGACACGGGCAGUACCCGCUUAUUUUUGACAAUGAGGAAGACCAGCCACUAAAACGGACCAAUGAGAACGCAGAGGAACAGUACACGCCUCAGAAACUGGCCACGCUUCAAUCUGUAUUUGAAGAACUGAGUGGAAUCUCCAGUGCUAAGACCAACAACAAGCGUGAUGAUGACGAUGAUGAUGAAGAUGAUGAUGGCUUGUACAAGCAAAGAAAGAUGGCUUUGGAGGACCUCAUGGGAACAGAUGAAUGGGAACCUCUAGAGGAGCAAACAGAGACGGAAGAAGAACAAAGAGAAAGACAUGGAUUUAACAGGAAACCUGAUGAUGAAGUCAAAAGAUCAAACCAAAGAGAAAAAGAGGAGCCUGAUGACAUCACAAAGCUUGUAGACCUGCUGAAACUUCUAGAAAGGACAGAAGAAGAGCAAAAACGUGAAGAGGUGAAUGGCGGUGAACAAGAGGAGCAAACAACUGACAGAGAACUUGAGAAAAAAGAUGCAGAGAAAGACGACGACGACGACGAUGUAGAUGAGGAGAGGGAUGAAGAAGAAAGAGAAAUUAAGUCUGAGCCCGGAUCAUUCCCCCAGUCUUUAUCUCAGCUUAUCAAAAUCUCACAGAAGCUCCAGAUCCCACCGGCGGAUGUGCUUGACCUUCUUCGAAAUGAACAGAGGGACUUCAAAACCCCACAGCGAGCUCAGGCACAGUCACGAACCCCACAACGCGCAUACACCACCACUCAUAACGCGCACACAUCCUAUGCCGCGGCACCACACCAACGCCCGCUGCAAACAUCAGAGAGCAACAGUGCUGUACAAGACAUCCUGAGGAUCCUCGAGCUGGUGAGUGCGGCACAGCUAAACGACAAACGACCAACUCAACCAAAACCAUCACGUUACUACGAGAGAGAACGAGACCUCCCGGCGUACGGGUUCACAGACUCCAGCCGGGACGACUACGACGACACAACUGGUGAGGACGACGAACUGGCCAGUUUCCUGGCGUCAGAGAUGCUCGCGAAGGGACAGAGGCGUGCACGUUUACAACCCGAGCAGCAGUCGGUAUACGGUAAGCUCGAAAGGGCCGUCCAGGACUACUUCGAUCAAAACGUGCCAGAAAAGAGACCGGUGGAGCACAAGAGCGCCCCCUCGGGUUCAGACGACGACGACAGGAUGAUGAGGAUCCUGAGGUACCUCGAGCCAGACAACGAUGAGACGGACGAAAUAGACUCUGAGGGCAAAACCGUUCCCGAGAUGUAGACAUGUAAAUAAAGAUUAUAUUCAUUGUUUAAGGUUUGAAUUGUCAUAAAAUAAAGUAUUUUAAAAAUGCAUAUAUAUUCCUCACUUGCGUUUAGUCGAAGUAGUUUUGUAGAUUUUUUUCUAAUUUUGUGUUGUCUAGAAUAAAUAUUUUAGUAAUUAUUUUAGUUUACUUUCAAGGUAGCCGUUUUGCAGUAGCUAUAAAAAACGAUGUAAAAAGUCACAGAAUUUACCUCAUUGACAUAUGAACACACACAGUUUUUCGAGCUUUCUUUGAUGUUUUUCGGUCAGUAUCUUGUGCGUGUGAUGCGGUCAUGUGUGACGUGGCAGAGGUAAAUAAAGCACUUGUUCACACUA